ACAUGCUAUGAGCUGAGAUAUUAAAUAUCGACUCUAUGAACUGUGGCCAUACUCUGUCAUAACUCUAUCCUGAAGCACAAAGCAUCCUGAAACACCCACAUGCACGCCCAUCACACACCUCAACACACCUCGAAAUGGCAUUUCUUAACUUUGCCAAGGCCUUUAUUGGUCGCAUCCUCUCCCGGAACAAAGUUCCACGAACCAAGGAGCAGAAAGAAGUUGUUUCACUCCAAAACUUUCUCUUCUGCAUCCUUGCCGUCGACUACAACGUGCACAACAACAUCAAAGCACGAGUCGACGUCCAGGACUGCCACAGAUACCGCUCUUUUUCUCAAAAAUGGAGCGUCCUCAAAUCGGCUACCCUUGAAGGCAAAGCCAAAAACAAAGACCUCGCGAGGGCUCGCAAAGAGUUCCUCAAAAUCAUCUACCGUCCGGCGACUGCACUGGGAAUCAACCCAGCAAACAUCAUCACCCGCCUCCUGAACUACGACACCAUCACAUCCCACUAUGGGGAGUACCAGAGUUGUAAUGAGGUGUAUAACAAGGUGCUCGGCGUCGUGGCGAGGGAUUCACAGGUGAGAAUGGAUCAAACGUGGGUUGCCAAAGUCGCACCCAACGAAAAUUCGGCCCAGAUUCUGGCCGAAGCGGUCGAGAAGCAGCUAGAUGAGUGCAGCAUCACAAGCGAGGCAGAGCUGCUGAUGACCCGUGUUCAACCGGGUAUGAACGCACUCCUGGUAAAGCAGAUGGUUCCGGAGGAUGGGAACCUGGCCGACGAGCGUGCCCCCAUGGAGAUGUGGAUGGACCACCAUGGACGGGAACUUCGGAGGUGGAUUGAGUGCAUCCCCCAUGAUUUCUGAGGACAUGGACGCACCCCACCCCAGCGCACCACCAAUCGGGUGCACACCCAAAGCUGGUGCACAGAUAUGUCGAGUGUACACACACACAAACCGAUGAGAGCAAUGCUCACUGGGGAGAAGUCUUGGCUCCCCCACACCACAAACGGCGUACACGGCCUGAGAGCACCGCAAGUCGGACACCUACACAAACCGAUGAGCAAUACUCACUGGGGAGGAGUGCC